AGCAGAAGUCACUGGCCGACAAACAGGCAUUGUAAUCAAUCACCGAUAGUCAGCUGUGUUAGCUUCGGCAGCCGCCGCAAAACAGCCGUCGCGGGAGGCUGCCUCGGCAACUAACAGAGGCUUGGACUCACUUCAUAAUCUUUGAAUCCCAUGGCUGAGACGGACGAUAUCUUUCUCAGGGCUAAACAUCGGACUUUUAGUGGACUCAGUAAAGAUAUCGAGCAUGAGUGGACGGGACCAUUCUACUUCAUCCAGGCUGCUGAUCCCCAGCUGGGCCUGAUGAAGGCAUGGCGAGAGGGUGACUGUGACAGUGGUGGAGACGAAUGGGAAGAGGAAGUUGAGCUUACCAAACAAGCGGUGGAAGCCAUGAACCAGUUGCAUCCUCUCCCGAGGUUUAUGGUGUUGUGUGGUGACCUGGUCCAUGCAAUGCCAGGCAACCCUUUCAGAGAUGAUCAGGAGCGAGACCUAAAAAUGGUGCUGAAGGGGACUGACCCUUCUAUCCCACUCGUGUUUGUCAGUGGCAAUCAUGACCUUGGGAACACUCCUACUCCUAAAACAGUGGAGCAGUACUGCACUACGUGGGGGGAGGACUAUUUCAGCUUCUGGGUGGGUGGAGUCCUAUUCCUGGUUCUGAACUCACAGUUGUUCUAUGAUGCUUCGGCCUGCCCUCAGUUGAAGGAGGCUCAGGAAACAUGGUUGGAUGAGCAGCUGAGCAAAGUCUCCUCUUCCCCUGCACCAAAACACAUCUUGGUAUUCCAGCACAUUCCACUGUACAUAAAAAAGCCUGAUGAGGAUGAUGACUACUUUAACCUGCAGAGGGAAGUCAGACAAAACCUGAUGGACCGAUUUAAGAGAGCUGGGGUGAAGGCGGUCUUCUCCGGCCACUACCACCGGAAUGCCGGCGGCUGCCACGACGGCCUCGACAUGGUCGUGAGUUCGGCCAUCGGCUGCCAGCUGGGCGAGGACACCCACGGCGUCAGGGUGGUGGUGGUGACGGCCGAGCGGGUGAUCCACCGCUACCACAGCCUGGAGCGCUUGCGGACGGGGGGGAUGGAUGAGGACCUCAGGAAGCUCCUGCAGGCUUGAUGCCCUGCCAAGCUUUUUCCUUAUUAUGCUCAACUAAAUUUUACUACAUGUAUCUUUGAUGCCCCCUCGCGUUCCCAAAACAUAUUUUCAUUUAAUUGCUGUUGGGUCCUUUUCUGAUUUCUGCAUACUAUGCAUUGAGACGUUAAAUUUUAAAGAUACAUAUUAGCUAACACUAAUCAUGUCUUACGCUGCAGCUCUUCUUAACUUUAUACAGCGCUUAAGUUUUUACCAGUCUGAGUGAAGUCUGACACAUAAAUCGAGAAAAUUGAACAUUGUGUAUUUUAAAUGAUCAAUCUGUAAUUUUGUCUGAUCGUCCGCUACCUUCAUUAUGACGUAUAAUAUGAAACACCAUAGACGGCGAACAGAAAUUAGUGCAGAUGUCCAGGUAAUGCUAAUCCUUGACAAAAACACACAUUGACGUGUAGAAAUACAUUCAAACAGAGCGUAUAACAAUACUCAGACGCGUCUCUGUUGAAAUGGCUCUUAACAUAGUUGGGGACCUUCUCUGAAAUGCAAAAUCCAAACACCACAGAUAUGCUUAAAUCUCAACAUUUUAGCAACUUGGUUUAAUCCAACUUUAAAGGCCUGUUUUUCCGGGUGGGCUUGCAAAUUGUGCAGCCGUAGGGGGUGUUUGAAUUUGGAGGUUCCGCCCUCCUGCGAAUUCUCCUUUUGAGAAAUCACAGCUGACAAACAGUGCCGAAUUGAAGCAAAGUGCUGUGUGUCCUAAGUCAGGGAAAUUUUGGUGCUUUUAAUGUCAAUGUGACGUGCAGCUACAAAGACAAUUCGCAAAACACUUGAAGCAUAGCUGUUGAUGUCACUACAGUAUAUGUUUAAUGUGAAAACCGAUUAGAACUAGAGAUAAUGUUAUCAAAUGUUUUAUGAUCAGAACUACCAAAGAAAGAAACUGAUGAAUCUAUGCAUUUUUAAACCUGAGGGGACUCUGGGCAGCAUUCCGAUGACAUUAGCAGAAUCUGAUUGGAUGAUAAUGUCUUUUUUUUUUUUGGUAUGUAUUCAUGAUUUCCACCUUUUUCAAAUGUUUAGCAUUAAGCAGGAAUUAUUAGGUCAUCUUCAACGUCCUGAUUUUGUAUUUUAUCUGUUGCACAAAUUAAGCUUUUUGUAUAUGGUAAAUUUAAAGAAUUUCUAAUGGUUUGUUUGUGUACACUUAUAAUAUAUAAUAACGUUAAUGUCUUGUUCCCACAUUCUGCGCAAAUAAUCCCUCCCGAGUUAAUUUGUUCUGUGGUAAGGAUUACAAGAUCUUAUAUUUCAGUGCUUGAUAAUGAUUAGGGAGUUGUAUCUGGUGCGUUUUUAUCCCAAUGAUUGGAUUUUCUGCGUGUGUCUUGAAACGGUUCACAUCUCAUCCCUCUGCUGAAUUUGAAGCGUCUUCUCUGCACAACAUUAAGUGAAACCGUGUUAUGAAAGCCUUAUUAAAAGUGCAGCUAUGUGUAAAUUCCUCGGAAUGGAAGCGUAGCAAAGCGGCAGCCAUCUUCCCGUGCUGCAGUCCACCUAAUGUGAAUGCGCCGAAACGACUGCACUGUCUUUGCGAGUCCCAAAUGUUUCGAUUCAAUUACGCACACUGAGACUCGCACAAACGCCCAGACGUGUUGAGAUAGAGUUGUCAUGACAACCUUUUUGCAACACAUCUGUGUGUCUUGAGAGGGGGGCAUGGCAGAAUGAAUGUACAUUUGUUUGUGUCCAUCCGCCGUCUGCUUGGUUUCAUCGCUGAUUUUCCAUCAGCAUCACCAUCACUGACCACAUUUCACACUGACAGGUUCUGUCUCUUCCCUUCCAAAAAUGUCAGCAGGUGAUGGGGGGGACAAGGGGGGGGGUGAAAUGACAAAUGAGCAUGAUGUGUGGAAGACCAUCUCCUUCAUUUCCUGCCUGAGAAAGAACCUUCCAUGACUGGUUUUUAUGGUUUCCACAUCGGCAAGCUCAAAUCACAUUAAUAGCUUCACCUUGUGUUGUCCAUGUCACACAUUCAAAACGUGACAAACGGCCGUUAAACACCUGCGAUAUGAUUGGUGGUAUUUUGUUUGAAUAAACAUUGAUUUAAAUGUGA